CUCAAUGGGCGGAAAGUAACGUUAGCUAAUGUCACUGCAGGGCUCCGUGGCGUUAUUUUCAUUUGUGUUGUAAUUAAAUCAAAAUUAAAACACCAUCAUGUCAGACGAAAUCGAAAACUCAAAGACUCUGGAGACGACCGAGGAGCAAAAAGAAGUGGACAGUGAGGUGAUUUGUCCAGAAAGAGCAGAAGAAGCCAAACUGAAGGCCAGAUAUCCAAACCUGCCGGCUAAAGCAGGAGGCUCCGACCUGCUCCGCAAACGACUGCAGAAAGGGCAAAAGUACUUCGACUCGGGCGACUACAACAUGGCGAAGGCGAAGACCAAGAACAAGCAGCUCCCCUCUGCGCAGACGGAGAAGGCAGAGAAGGAAAUCACCGGCGAUCACAUUCCCACGCCUCAGGAUCUGCCGCAGAGGAAAACCUCGCUGGUGGCCAGCAAGCUGGCGGGCUGAUCUCCACCGUCUCCACCAACAGCUCGCUCCUCCCUCAUGUUUUCCUCAUUAACACACCAUCCCUUGUUUAUUUUUUUGUUUUUUCUGUUCAUAUUUUACGCUCCCUUUUUACCUCCAAUGUAUAAUAUACACUGAACAUAGAGACAUGCAGGUGCCAGCGUUGGAUUAUGGGUAGUGAGGGAUAUGUUUGAAAACAAACAAACGUCUGUAUGAAGAUUUCUAUAUGUGCUGUAGGAGUAGUAAUCGGAACGUGUACAUAUUUGCCUGUGAGAGACGUGGCGAUGGGUUUUUAGAAAGGUUUUAUGUUCUAAUCGCACCAUUCCUGAAGGUUACACAUUAGUGCAGUAGAGUGCUUGAAUGAUUCACGAUUGAAUACGACUUACGAUAACGUACUUGAGCUGUUUCCCUGUUAACGUUUGAGCUUUACACACUCGAUCGGACCACACUGCUGACGCUAGUCACGUUAGACACACGUGAAAGAAAGGCCUUAAUCAUGUUGCGGUUGUAAAGCAGCAAUCGUGAACCUGAAGGCCAACGUGAUGCAAACCGGCGCUCCAUGAGCUUCUCACCAAGGGUCUUCUCGCCGGAUAUUUUGAAGCAAAACACUACAACAUCCGGGGUGUGUGUGUAUGUAUGUGUGUGUGUGUGUGUGUGUGUGUGUGUGUGUGUGUGUGUGUGUGUGUGUGUCCACCGCAGUCACUUAUGUGCCAUUUGAUUUGUAAAUAAAAUAGUUUUGCAAACCUGUGCCUUUUCCCCCAUCCUUUAUGUUACUAUUGUGUGUGUUAAUAAUCACAUUAUACCACAACACUCGAAUUCUGGAUUCGGAUCGGUCAGGAAGUGUCGAUUCAUUGUCCGCAACGUAGUACAGCCUCAAAUCUCCGGUCGUUGUUGAUCUGUAAGGAGUCUCCAGUGUCAGCGCUUUGUAACCGUCAGAGAGGGGUAAAGCUGGAACUUUAAGUUCAGGACACUUUGUAGUUUCUUGAUAAAAUAAAAAUGUUUAAUGUGGUUUUCUUUAAUAAACAUAAAAAAAAAGUCAGUGUGGUGUAAGAGGAAUAAAACACCUCAGGACAUGCUAUGACAUAUAAGAAAAUGAUCUUCAAGUCAGUCAUGACAGAGUUUAUUUACUUAAUGCACAUGUACAUCUAUAGCUGAGCAACAGAAACACAUUUAUGAUGUAGAGUAAAGGCUACAGAAGGGUGAAAUCCAUCUUGUUGCGCUCUUAGUGCUGGGAUAUGUUAAAUGAACCUCAUGUGUAUGCUGUUUAUUAUAUAUAAACAAUGUUUUUGCAAACAUUAAAGCAAGCUAAACAACGCUAGCUUCAGAAAUCAGAGUACC